CGCACCCAAUCUCUCCCUCUCACUCUCUUUUAAAACCCUAAUCUCGGCUAUUUUAGGGUUUUAAUCGAUCUUCUUCUACCCGCUUUUGCCCAUUUGGCUCCGAUUCAGAUGUUGAGAUGUUGAUUUUCAAACUAUUCUGCACAGCAAGCGUACCUCUCAAGUCGAAACUGAUGCUUCUCAGUUAUCUUUAGAAGCUUAGGCUGUAAGAUUAUUCAGAGAAAGCUGCCUAUCUCGUUUUGGUCUUCAGAAACGUCGUUCACUGGGCGAAACGGCAGGUAGAGCUGUAAAAUAUACCUACUCUCAUAAAACACCAGUUAUGGCUGCUGAGAUUAACAGGCACUACAGUAAUGGUAAUUUACAAAAUCAACCCCAAAGGAACUAUCAAGUUGUUGUUGCUGCUACUCGAGAUUUGGGUAUCGGCAAGGACGGGAAGUUGCCUUGGAAGCUCCCGUCCGACCUCAAAUAUUUUAAAGAAGUCACAGUGUCAACAUUAGAUCCCUCAAAGAAGAAUGCAGUUAUCAUGGGUAGGAAAACAUGGGAAAGCAUUCCUCUUCAGUAUAGGCCAUUGCCUGGUCGCUUGAAUAUCAUCCUUACUCGUUCGGGAAGUUUUGAUAUCGCGACACUACAGAAUGUUAUUUGUUGUGCAAGCUUGAGUUCUGCAUUGGAGCUGUUAUCAUCGACACCUUAUUCUUUGUCGAUUGAAAAGGUGUUUGUCAUAGGAGGUGGCCAGGUGUUAAGGGAUGCUCUUAAUGCUCCUGAAUGUGAGGCCAUUCAUCUCACAGAUAUAGAAACAAGCUUCGACUGCGACACUUUCAUUCCUUCAAUUGAUUUUUCAGUGUUCCAGCCAUGGUACUCAUCCAUCCCUACGGUGGAGAACAACAUAAGAUAUUCUUUUGUGACGUAUGUUCGUGUACGUAGUUCAGCUCCGGACAAGCUUCAUGCCUCAAAUGGUUGUGAACCAACUGAAAACAACUCACAUAAGGAUCAAUUUGAGGUUGAGAAGUUCUCAUUUCUUCCUAAAGUGAUAUUCGAAAGACAUGAGGAGUAUAUGUAUUUAAAACUUGUCCAAGAUAUAAUAGAAAAUGGUGCUACGAAGAAUGAUAGGACAGGAACUGGAACAUUGUCCAAAUUUGGUUGCCAGAUGCGGUUCAACUUGCGAAGAUCUUUUCCUUUGCUUACAACCAAGAGGAUAUUCUGGCGUGGUGUUGUUGAAGAGCUCCUGUGGUUCAUCAGUGGUUCGACAAAUGCAAAGGUUUUACAGGACAAGGGCAUAUAUAUAUGGGAUGGAAAUGCUUCGAGGGAGUAUCUGGACAGUGCUGGCUUAGCUCAUCGGGAAGAAGGUGAUUUAGGGCCAAUAUAUGGAUUCCAGUGGAGACAUUUUGGUGCUGAAUAUAUUGACAUGCAUGCUGACUAUACUGGGAAGGGUUUUGAUCAGCUACUGGAUGUAAUUGACAAGAUAAAGAAUAAUCCGAAUGAUCGCCGUAUCAUCCUUUCUGCGUGGAACCCUUCAGAUCUCAAGAAAAUGGCUCUUCCCCCCUGCCACAUGUUUGCACAAUUCUAUGUUGAGAAGGGAGAGUUGUCAUGCCAAAUGUACCAACGAUCUGCAGAUAUGGGUCUUGGCGUGCCAUUUAAUAUCGCAUCUUAUUCUCUUUUGACAUGCAUCAUAGCUCAAGUCUGUGGUCUAUCUCCUGGGGAUUUUGUCCAUGUUAUCGGGGAUGCUCACGUGUAUAGGACUCAUGUCAGGCCUUUGGAGGAGCAAAUUCAGAAGCAACCUAAACCAUUUCCGAUCUUGAAGAUCAAUCCUUUGAAGAAUGAUAUAGAUUCCUUUGUGGCAUCUGAUUUUAAGCUUAUUGGGUAUGAUCCUCACCACAAGAUAGAAAUGAAAAUGGCAGUGUAGAGCCUCAAGCUAUUUUAGUUCUUUGACCUACAGUCAUCGUUCUAAGUUCAAACUUUGUGGAGGUACAGCUACUACCUGAUGUGGUGGGGGCUUGAGAAUAAGAAACUAAAGAUGAUGUUGAAAGGUGAAUUGAGUGUGUCUUUGUCGUGUUGUCUUCCUUUGGUUUCACAUUGAAAUCUGAAAUGGAUGAAAUUCUGGGUUCUUUUAUUUUAUGUUGAGCCUGGACUUGCAUAAUAUAUUCAUUGACUUAUACAUUACUAGGGUGGUAUAACUGCAA